AUGAAUAGCAAUGUUGGAAAAAUUCCUUCAGACUCGGCAACGGACUAUUACUGGGCGGUUUUUUCCAUAUUUUUGUUUUGUGCCAUCGUGUAUCCUAUCGUUUCGAUCUUUUCCAGCCCACCAAAACGAAUGUUUUAUUAUGUGUAUUCUGUAACAUGCAUGGUUUCCGCCAUCGUUUAUUUUAGCAUGGCUGGUGAAUUGGGAUAUACGCUUGUCAACUUGAGUACUUCAACUUGGUUUCGUAGGAUUCGGGUCGUCUACUUCGUCCGCUACAUUCAAUGGAUGAUCAAUUUCCCCUUGGUGAUUUCUAGCAUAUUUUACUUCGCCGGUGUUUCCUUUAUGCGGAUCCUCGUAACUGUAUUUAACAUCUGGUUAUGCUUUCUAUGUUUGUUAGCUGCAGCUAUGACUGUCUCGACUCACCGUUGGGGAUUCUGCGCUUUUUCGUUGGUCGGUUAUGCUUGUGCACUUGUGCAUACCUGUAUAACCUAUAAGCAUGAUAUUCAACCUUUAAAACGCAAAGCGAAAAUUGGAUUAAUAUGUUCCCUCGUUUACUUUUUCGUCCUUUGGGCUUUGUAUUUCGUAAGCUGGGGUUUGUGUGAAGGCAUUGGUUACUCUUUGCCAAUUGGAGAAGCUGUCUUUUACAGUGUCUUGGACUUUUUAGAAUUCCCGGUGUUUGGCGCCAUUUUUUCGUGGAUGAUUGAUUUGGUCGGUAUGCAUAGAUUCUCAAAAACAUACCUACGUUCUUUCCUGACCGACAAUGAAGAAGCAAUAAAGCUGGACGUCAUAAGUGAAGCAGAAUCUCCAAAGGAGAAAGAAGAUGAGCCGGAAGCCCAAUUCACAGAUUCAUAA